CUCACCGGCAACCGCCUGGACUCCCUGCCCGCCGAGCUCUUCCGCCCCGGCGCGCUGCCGCUGCUCAGCGAACUGGCGGCCGCCGACAACUGCCUGCGGGAGCUCAGCCCCGACAUCGCGCACCUGGCCUCGCUCAAGACACUGGACCUUUCCAACAACCAGCUGAGCGAGAUCCCCGCGGAGCUGGCUGACUGCCCCAAGCUCAAGGAGGUCAACUUCCGCGGGAACAGGCUGAAGGACAGACGCCUGGAGAAGAUGGUCAGCAGCUGCCAGACCAAGUCCAUCCUGGAGUACCUGAGGGUGGGCGGCAGGGGCUGCGGCAAGGGCAAGGGCAAGGCCGAGCCCGAGAAGGAAGAGAGCCGGAGAAAGAGGAGGGAGAGGAGGAAGCGGGAGGGGGGUGAGGGCGAGGAGGAGGUGGGCGAGGCCAGCCAGCUGCUGCUCAGGGUGCUACAUGUCUCCGAGAACCCCGCCCCGCUGACCAUCACGGCCAGCCCCGAGGUCAGGGACGUCCGGCCAUUCAUCGUGGGGGCUGUCAUAAGGGGCAUGGACCUGCACACCGGGAACUCACUCAAGCGCUUCCUCGCCUCUCAGACGAAGCUCCACGAGGACCUCUGUGAGAAGCGGACAGCAGCCACCAUCGCGACCCAUGACCUCCACACCGUCCGGGGUCCGCUGCUGUACACCACCCGCCUGCCGCAGGACCUCAAGAUUGCCCCCCUGGGGCGCAAAGAAGUCAAGGCUAAGGACCUGGUUCGGCAGCUGCAGUUGGAGGCCGAGGAGCACCGCAAGCAGAAGAAGCGGCAGACAGUCUCAGGCCUGCACAGAUACCUCCACCUGCUGGAUGGGAAAGAGCAAUACCCUUGCCUAGUGGAUGCCGAUGGUGACGUCAUUUCCUUCCCGCCCAUAACCAACAGUGAGAAGACGAAGAUUAAGAAAACAACUUCUGACUUGUUUUUGGAAGUGACAAGUGGGACGAGUCUGCAGAUCUGCAAAGACGUCAUGGAUGCCCUCGUCCUGAAAAUCGCAGAACUCAACAGAUAUACUUUAGAAAAUAAAGAGACGGAAUCUGUCUCGGAUUCUGAAGCUGACGCCCCCUCUGGACCAGCUCCGGAUCCCAGGCUGAACCCUAGUGCUGAGAAGGACGGGAGUGCCCCCCUGGUGGUGGAGCAGGUCCGGGUGGUGGAUGAGGAGGGGCACCUGAGGGUGGUGUACCCAUCCAAGACGGACCUGGGCACCGCUGCCUCCCACGUGACCGUGAUCCGCUGAGGUGCCCGCUCCCCCCCUCGAUGCCUGACAGCUUUGCCUCUGCAGGGCUCACGUGCAGUGGUUGUAAAUUGUUCAUCACACUGUCCUCUCCCCCUCGGCGUUUUUUAAGCUGUCUCCCUUCUUUGUCCAUUUUCCAGAAGAUUCUGCCGUAAUGGCGUGCCACGUCGUCAUGAGCUUAAAUUGUCCUGCCUCUGCAGCUCUUACUAAUUAAGGCUUUUGGUGAAAUUAUUCAAAUGGUGGAAUGGAGCACACUGUUCAGAAGGUGCUUAAGUCGCGGAGACACGGGCUGCUGGCGGGAAGAGGCCCUGCGGGUCAGAUGCUCAGGGCUAGCCGGAGACGCUGCGUGGCCUCAUGUUCUCCAGCCUGCAGUGAAGCAGUCCUUUUGUAAAAACCUAGUUUUUCAGUAAAUUUCUCAACGUUGCUGUUGGACACUUAGGGGGUGGAGAUGUGAAGAGCCUACUGGCAGAGCCCCUCAUCUGAGUGCCUGCUGGGCCGGCCAGGGGGGCGAGAAGAAUCAGUGGGAUUCUUUUGUAAGUGAGCCCCACGGUGAUGAACAGUCAUCAGGACCCACAUCUUAUGAAAUAUGCAGGUUUCCAUCACAAAAUGGGCUUCACGGACUGACAGGACUGUCCCUCUAUGACCUGUCAGCUGUCGGAGGGCCAUGGGCAGGAUGGCAGAGGCGGGAGGUGUGUGCCAGGUGGAUGGGUCUGCGGCAUCUUACACUGUAGGCGUUUCCAGUUUUGAAUGUCUUGGCCAUAAACCAUCUGUGUCUA